UCUGUCAUUCAUUCUUCUUGGAAUUUUGUGAGAUACCAGAUUGCUUUACGGGAAAAGACUGUUCCAAUUUAGUCUGGAACUGCCCUAUUUUUAGACUCUUUCAUAGUUAUCAAUCCUUACAAAAAAUCACCAAACCGAUACAGCGUGGACCAAUCUGGAAAAUCAGGCUGCCGAGUCAACAGUGUAAUUCAAUGGAAAAAGAAACGGACAACCUCUCAAGGCACACAGGGUAACUGACAAAGGAUUCUACAGAGUUAAAUAAACUAUUCUGAUUUUUUUUUUUUUUUUUUUGCUAGUUUUAAAGGAGACUGUCAAAGGAAAAGCAGAUAAAAUACAGCCAUAAUGUCAGAGUGGCAGGGAGAAAGAUUUUCAGAGGCUAUUUUUCUCUUUAGAGAAAAUGUUAUCCUGGGAUUAGCAGUGGAUUUUUGAAUGAUAAAAGGACCAAGGAGAUAAUGUAUAUAAAAAUAUGCAAGAAUCACAAGAAACCCACAUAUCCAACCACCUGGAUGAAAUCGUUGCUGCCGUCAGCAUAACACCUAGAGAGAAGCUCCAAAACAAGCUGCCUCAAACAGUACUGUUCCAGCCUCCUCGAGAGAAACUACACUUCUGUGAAGAGAAAGCGAGGUCCUAUGCCAGCAGUCACGAGUAUAAACAGGCUCUCCAGGAGCUUGUGCGCUGUGUGGCACUGACGAGGAUCUGCUACGGUGACUCGCAUUGGAAACUGGCUGAGGCACACAUUAACCUGGCUCAGGGCUACCUCCAGCUCUCAGGACUGUCACUGCAAGCAAAACAACAUGCAGAAAAAGCCAAAGAAAUACUCACCAACUUCAUCAUGCCUGCCUACAGUGACAAUACAGAUGUUUUCAAGUGUUCGGUUGAGCUGUUCCAUACCAUGGGGAGAGCCUUACUCUCCCUUCAAAAAUUUAAGGAAGCUUCAGAAAAUUUGACAAAAGCUGAAAGGAUUUCGAAAGAGCUGCUGCAGUGUGGAAGGAUUAUAAAGGAAGAAUGGAUGGAAAUUCAAGCGCGGAUCAAAUUGUCAUUUGCACAGGUAUACCAAGGUCAGAAAAAAUCAAAAGAAGCUCUGCCCCACUACCAAGAGGCAUUAGAAUAUAUUAAGAUCAGUAAAGGUGAAAAGAGUCUUGAGUGUGUACCAAUAUUGAGGGAACUGGCAGGUGUAGAACAAGCCCUGGGAUUUCACGAAGCGUCCAUCAACCACUUUUUACAGGCACACCUCAUCAUCCUGGGCAGAAACCCCUCUCAGGAGGACGCAGCCAUCUCUGCACACUCUGUUGCCCACGCUGCCAUCGUUUCUGGGAGGCCUGAGCACCACGAUGUGGCCAAGCAGUAUUUUGAGGAGAGCCUAGCUCAUCUUAAGGAUGCCAAAGGGAUGGGAAAAGCCAAAUUUCUUUCCAUUCAAGACGAUUAUUGCCAUUUUCUACAAGUCACUGGGCAAAAAGAGAGAGCCACCUCGAUCCUGAGAGAGUCCCUGGAGGCUAAAGUGGCAGUGUUUGGUGAUCUCAGUCCUGAGGUGGCAGAGACUUACCGGCUCCUGGGUGGGGCCGACCUGGCACAAGGGAACCAGAGCGGGGCCGACAAGAAAUUGAAGAAGUUGUCCUGGAGAAAGAUGAUGAUAGCUUGCUCCAAGACAGUGGCCAGGGGAUGGAGCAAAAUCAUGGGGGAGACGAGGGAUGUCGAUAAGGAUAUAGAACCCACGGCACUUGGCAACUCAGAGGUGAUGCACCGCAGGGAUGCAAGCCCACCCCCCGAAGACCUGCUGGAGAACACGUCUAUCAGCUGAAUGAACCAAAUGAGGGGGCUAGGGCUUCAGGACUGGACAGCUGGCUUUCCAGAAAGCCCUUCCAUACCCACAGCAAGGAGGAGGAAGAGAGAGGGAUGUGGGCCCGGGAAGGGAGUUUGGGGGUCUGGCUUCCCGAGGAAGGAGGGAGGAGCCCAUGCCUGGCAGGUCACCCUGGGCUAGGGGGCCUCAGAACAACUACUGCCACCCCCACUGGGGUCUCUCUAGAGUCACAGAUCAGGAGGUGACUAGGGGCAGGGCAAGGACUGAUGUUUGUUUGAAAAUAAGGCAGCCAGGCCGCAUCUGUGGUUUUCAAACUGGCUUCCACGCGGACAUCUUAGAGAUGCAAAAAAGGAGAGAUGGGAGGCAGGCAGGUAGGAGAAGGAAAAGCUGCAGACUACCCCUCCACCACCACGACCCCCAGGGGCCUCAUUCCAGGAGGCAUCUAGUUAUCUCCUCUAAUAAAAUGGCAAAAUACACUUGACUAGGUGGUUCCUUCAUGUCUAGCUCCAAACGUGUAAAGUUGUAGAUUCUUCAUUAGGUUGUUAUUCAUACCUAUGACUCAGACCCACUCAGGCCCAACAGCCAUGGCAUGUCAGCGCGGGGACAUCCGUCACUCGGAGAUCCUCAGGACUUGGGCUAGUGCAGGUACAACAGUUGUUUGGUUGCUAGAGUAACGUGUGAAGUCACUAACUUCAGUGCCAAGAAAUACACUGUAUAUGGCAGAGGGCAACCAGAAGCAGAGCCCACCCGGAAAUGCUGACAUGACCAGCCGGGCAGGAAGACAGAAGGGGGAUGCCAGAGCCAACAGGGCCUCGUGGAUCAGGCAGCCUGGCGCCAAGUUCUAGCUCCACGGAUCCAAACACAGUGACUCCCACAAAAGCCAGAGCCCCGUGGGCAGGUGGAAGAGAGCAGAGAGGCCCCUCCUGAGGCAAAGGGCACAGCCAAGGGCGAGAGGAUUCCAGGGGUGCGCAAGGGGUUCACCUGCAAGUGGCGAGUGAAGGGCACACGUGUGGGCACAGGACACCAAGGGGUGGCGCCCAGAGCCCUGGCCCUUCCACACAGGGUAGAAGCCAGGAAACAGGACACCAGCCUGUUAAUCCCACACCCUCAUGACCAAGCGUGUUAUGUUCCACGAACACAAAUAGCCUCCAUCACCGAGAAAACUCUGAGUUCUGUAUAUAAUAGGAGGAAACAGGCUCCCGGUAAAAGUCAGACUCUUAGGAUUACAGCAGCAGGACGAUGGCCUCCUACAGCUCAGGGGCCAUAGGGGUGGGCUGCUGGGAAGGCCAAGUCCAAUUUGAUAUCUUCCUUCCACCUGCUGGGAAGGAAGCCUUGGGUAUCACAGGGCUCCUCACACUAGCUGCCCAAGUCAGAGCAGAAGGUGCUCAUGGGCAUCCAGGUCAGCAGAGACUUGAUGACAGGUGGCGGGUUGGGGCAGGAUAAUGAAGAUCCCUUUGGGGGAAAAGGAUCUUCCCUCUCCCCGUGGAGGAAUGGUUUUGUUCCUCUUUCAGAGAAAACCCAAACCAUCACCAAACUUUUUUUUACUGAGUUCGGGACCCAACGUGAGGUGCAAUGGUUCCUAGGAGGGGGCACCAGUCCCCAAGGGGCUUAUGUGGCUGGUGACACAGCACAAAUGCUCCUGUGCCCAAUGCCUUCACCAACCCUAGCUAAGAUUGAGCACCAAGCAGGCUAUAAGCCUCCCACCUGUCACCUCACCAAGUCCUCCUGGCAACCACAGGCAGGGCCAACAAUGGGCGCCCAGGCCCCACAGGUGAGCAGAUGUGUGGGAGAGUGAUGGCCAAAGUCACGUGCUCUCCAGUGACCAGGGCACUCGGCCCUCCCCUGCAAGCCACCUGGGCCACCCUUCAGGGCCUGAAAUGGUGCCAUUUCACACAUGUUUUAGAAAAACUCCUGUAGAGAGAUCGCCCAGACCAUAUUAACGAAAGCAGAUCCAACAUCUCUUGGUGAUUUCCAUCAAACGCCCCUAUAGGGAAGAGCCAAAGCUCCCACUAGGAAAGAGCUCAGGUCCACCGGUGCCUCCCCUCCAGAUGGCUGCCCCGAGAGGCAGGCAGGAUCCACCUUCCCCACCUGGAGACCCAGCACAGAGCUCCCAGGUACAGCUGGGACCCUCCCCCCACCAUGGCACACAGCGUCCUGCCUCCACAGUGCCCCCAUAAAAACUAGAGGCAUAACCAAAACUGCUGGGAGAGGCCAGAAACGGUGCAUUCCCUCCAAAGCUCUCAAAGGAAUGUUUUAGUUUUUGUUUUUUGUCUUUUUAGGGCCACACCCGCAUCCUCAUGGGUACUAGUCCAGUUCGUUACCACUGAGCCACAGUGGGAACUCCUCAAAGGAAAGUUGUUAAGGAAUAGACUCCUACAGCUUUAAGAAAUGGGUAGAGAGCGCUCGGGUUAUUUCGGGAGCGUUGAAGGAAAACUAUCCUCAGCCAUGGUGCUGGUGAGAAAUGCCAACCGCCUGAAUCACAGGCUAUUAGUGAACGUUUCAUACAGCCCCAGAGGUUGGCAGCCUCUCUCAAGAGACAGGAAAACAAGCAAACAUGUGCGGGAAAAUCAGGUCCCCAGCCUCAUUAAGGUGUCCAAGACCAACCCACAGGGCAGAAGGGAGCUCUAAUGCGGCCCCUGGCCUGGCUCCAGGCCCUAAUAGACCACCCGUGGGGCUGAGUGGCAGCGGUUCGGCUAGGAUGCAUUAUCCCAAUGGAAGCUCAGGGCAUAUCGGCUGUUACUCUACAUCGAGGGCACAGUGCCACUGCCCUGCACACCCUCCAUAACUGUGGGCAAGAGACAGGGGGCAGGGGGAGGGAGAGUCGGAGGAUGUUUCCAGAAGCCACACCAGUAGGGGAGCCUGCCUGGCCCAGGGUGGAGGGAUGGUUCAUGUGGUGCUUCCUGGCAAAACGCAGGUGGGGGUUGGGGGAGAAAGACGGGCUGGGAGGAGCCCCCCUGGCCCCCAAGCUCCAGAGAGGGUGAGGGACCACCUGUCACUCCAGACUGGGGACUGGGAAUCAGAGGGGGGACAGGAGGAGAGAGGGGCAAAUUUCCCUCCACAGAACCAGCAUCACCAUCAAAACUGGAAAGGGUCCAACCCAACAACGGGCAUCUGAAAAACAAGGAGGCAACAGUGCCAGGCCGCCUCUGGGUCAUUCCCCUGUGCUCAGAAAGAAAUCACAGCUAGAAAGCCCAUUUGUCAAUUCCAGAGACUAAAAACAAACAAAAAACGCACAGAAAGAUUACUAAGGAAGCAAAGAGAGGAAGCACAAGGAGUGGCUAACCAAGAAACCUCCCACAUCAGGUUACCUGGAUUCAAAUCCGGGGCCUGCCCCUUCCCAGUCCUAUGACCUUAGGGAAGCCACUCAAACCCUCUGUGGCUCCAUUUCCCCAUUUCUGAAAUAGGGAGCACACACAGGUUUGGGGUGGUAAUUCAUAAAAUGACUGGAAAGUUCUUGCAAGAGUGGCUGUCACAGAAUAUAUGGUUGAUAAAUGUCAGCCACCAUCAUCACCACCACCCCCUACAUCACCUUCUACUGACCUCAGAAGGAAGCUGGUUUUCCAUUACCUAAAGGAGUUCAAGAAGGGAAGGGAU